CAUCUCAACACCUGGUCACAUUGAAUGAGAACUAAAAUGUGCAUCAGGGAAGCGGCAACGAUUUUCUUCGAGGAACCUGAAUUGGUGGUCAGCCAUGGCCGCAAGGUGCUCUUCGUAAACCCCGACGAUCUGCAGAUAUUCAAGGAGAUCGAGCUACCUCCUGAUCUUGGCCUUAAAAGCCAGGCAUCCCAAGAAUCCUGUCCAUCUACAAGCACUGGUCAAGGACCAGGCAAGGAGCAACAGCUUGCUGCUGGUGGCGCCAAGCAAUCGGAUGCCACCGCCUCUGGGUCUGUAUCUGGAACAGCCAACGUCGCAGUGCAGAAUGUAGCCUACUCACCAGAUAGACAGCUGCUGGCCGUGACCACCAGCGGCGGACAGAAGGCGCUCCUGCUGUACCGCACUCGACCGGAGAACGCCCGCCUGUUGUCUACCCGCCCACUGGCCCGAACAGCCAGUGCCCUGCGUUUUUGCAGCGACAGCAGUUCAGUUUUGGUCACAGACAAGACGGGCGAUUGCUAUCAGUAUGACUGUGUCGAGGUGGAGGCCCCGCCGCGCCUGCUGCUCGGCCAUCUGAGCGUGGUGUACGACAUUCUGUGGUCAGAGGACCAGCAGCACAUAAUCACAUGCGAUCGGGAUGACAAGAUACGAGUGACCAACUACCCCGCCACCUUCGACAUCCACAGCUAUUGUCUAGGUCAUAGGGAGUUCGUCUCGGGCCUGGCCCUGCUCACAGAUCAACACAUAGCAUCCGCUUCCGGGGACAAGACUUUGCGCAUCUGGAACUUCAUUCAGGGCAAAGAACUGUUGCAGCACGAGCUCCCAGCCCCAGCGGUUCGCCUGCUGGUACGACAACUGGAGCCGGAGAAGGUCUACCAGGUGGCUGUGCUGUUCUACGAUCAUGUGGAUGCCCUCGGACUAUAUCGUUUGGAGCGCGGCUCUGACGAUACCUGGAGCGUCACGGCCACACAACUGGUGCGGGCUGAGGCAGGAUCCUGGAACAUAAGCAACUUUACUUUAACCGCCGACCGGAUCUAUAUUACGGGCUCUGAGAAUGAACGAUUAAGCCUGCGGGUUUAUGACAUUGCUAAUGGCCAGCGGACAACAAGUGGAGUGCCCGAGGGCUGGCUGAAUAUGGUGCUGGAAGGACUUGGUGCCACAGAAGAGGGUGGACCACCAUUCAUUCCCGAAGACUUGUCCGUUUGGUUUAAAAAACGAUUCGACAACGUCAGCGAUUACUUAGAGCGCAAGAAGCGGCGUAUCGAGGAGCAGCAACAACCGAAGUGCGGGUAAUAUCCAAGCCAAAAACGUAAAUGAAAUUACAGUACUUUAAUCUUUACAUAGCAUUUAAUUAGCAUGUGAAGAAGCAACGGACUAUGUGUGACAGCCCUGUUGGCUUAAUAUAUAUAUCUGUAUAUGUGUGUA